AUGAAAGCGUUCAUCCCGCAGUUUGACAGACAUCGCCUUGCCCCCUCGCACGGACCCAGCCAAAUGGGUCUUCAGGAGGACUUGAGAUCCUACCAGGCGGGAGACCAUCUGCACAACCUCCCCGAGAUCUAUUGUGAUUUAUGCCGCCAUUUUAAAGACUAUUACGGAUGCACCGUUCAUUACUGCAGAAAAUAUCGCUACCACUUGGACUAUGCAGCGAGAUGCCGGGCGGCGACGAGAGUUGCUGAGGAACGAAGACGAGAAGAAGAGAGGAGGCAAGCGGAGCAAGCGGAGCGGAGAUGGCUGAUAGCAAUGGAGGAGAGAAGGCGGGCUGAAGAAAGGAGACUCGCUGAGGAACGGAGACUCGCCGAGGAGCAGAGGCUCAUUGCGGAACGAAAAGCUGCAGAGGAAAAGCGACUUGCCGAAGAGAAGAGAGUUGCAGAGGAAAAAAGAAUCGCUGAAGAAAAGAGAUUGGCCGAGGAGAAGAAACAAGCCAAACAAAAACGACAACAAGAGGCACGACUGGCGGAGGAGAAAAGGCAGGCUGAAAUCAGUGAGGCUCAAGAAAAUGAACGAAGAACACAACAACAACAACAAGAAGAAGAGGACCAAAUCGACCUACCAUUCCGUUUCGGUGUGGGCAAUGGCGACGACAUUACGGAAAUGCUCGACAAGCCUGACGGGUGGUGUCCGGACCGGAUCGUCUUUUCCAGGCAAGAUUCGCUGCUUGAACCUACACGCACAUCAAAUGGAUGCGCCAACCACCGGGUUCGGCCUGGGUUGUGGCCAAGAUUCGAUCCUCGGUGGCUCGCAUUCAAAGUGGACGUCGAAGACAAGUUCCUCAACAGCCUGGGGGCAAUUUGCAAACGGAGCGAACUACAACGCUGCCAGAACAGCAAGUGCGUUGAUGUAGCACAACGCGUGAGCCUAGCCGCGCCCCAGUGUACAUGGGCCGCAUUUCGCGAGUGGGCAGUCGUCGCUAUCUCAUGCCAGUACGUUAUGAGCCCUACCAAGAGUGAGAUUGACAAACACGAUCCCCCGCAGGUGCACAUUGCUUCAGCGAUAGGUCUGAUGAAUACCCUUCUCGAGAAACAUUUCGAAGAUGAGGACCCAAUAGACGAUGUGCUAUUGGGUCCAGGCCGUCGCAGCACGAGGCUUAAUAUUCCAGAAAUCACCAACGUCAUCUACUGGAUGUUGACAGUGCAGACCCAAAUGGAUCGCAACACAGUGGACUACGCGACCUGGCCGCAGGAGUUCAUCCCUCCGCGACUGAUACAGCCGUCUAUCCAGCGUGCAGAGAGUCGUGCUGUUGAGCUCGGCCUUUGUCUGUUUCGGGUGCACACAUUGGCUUUUGCUAGCUCGCGCAAGGCUGCUGAGAUACCCGCCAUCAUUGCGGGAGUCAAUCGUCGACCUGAGUUGGUUCACCCAGACAGAGGUCACGAACGGUGCACGGCAAACCGAUGCAACUACAUGUAUCGGGACAACACAGGCCGUAUGCCAUUCCACAACUCUCCAAGGGGUCAAUCUUGCGGUUGUGCAUUGCUCUCCUUUUCACACAGCAAAUUAUGUGCACCAAUUGCCAACGGCCUACCAGCAGUUUGGUCGACGCGGCAGAUAGACACGCUGGCGACGGCCGAUACCGAGCCAUAUAUUGCCAUUUCCCAUACAUGGGCUGACGGUACAGGCGCGCAUCCUGAAUACCCAGGCUCAGUCAAUUCUUGCAUGAUCCAAUUUUUUGGCGAGAUUGCAGCACGCUUGAACUGCGUUGGCGUCUGGUGGGACGCCAUAUCUAUUCCGGCAAAGCGCAACGAUGCCACGCUGCGGGCGAAAGCGAUCAGCAAGAUGCACCUCAAUUACCAAAAUGCGAGCUAUACAGUGGUGCAUGACCGCUACUUGCGUAAGUUCAAGUGGCGUGAUGGCGAUGAUGGCUGUGCAGAUGAUGGCUGUCUCGCCGUCGCCCUCUCGCCGUGGUUCUCGCGUGGCUGGACCUCGCUGGAGCUGCACAUAUCACACAACGUUGUCGUCCUCUUUGGGACCGCUGACUCUAGGUUUGACCCCAGUGAUAGCCGAUCGGUCGUUAUCAAGCCCCUGCAAGACAUCCUUUCAAGGCACCCCGCCCUCAGCCCACGGGCACACCGGAUAGCUGCGCUUCUGAUCGAGAAAGUUUGGCGCAAGAAAAUCGAAAAUAUCUCGGAGAUUCUAGCUAUUCUACAUCCACGCGGGACUUCGUGGCCCAGCGAUGUCAAGCUCAUCCAGGCACAUCUUGCAGGCUGCGGUGAUCACGAAGACCUCGCGAUGGAGGAGGAUGAGACAGUUUUCACUCGCCGUAUUCUCGGCGCAGUAGGCUCUAUGUCAAGAUAUGCGCUGCUGCAUGGCUUUGAGACGCUUGCUCCGUCCGGGCCCUUUUCGUGGGCUCCGCGGUCGAUAAGUGAUAUGCCAAUUACGUCUAGCGAUGAUUUCGAAGGUGAUUUUGAAGGCAACCUGGAUAUUCAUACCAACGGCUCCGUCUCCGGUACAUGGCACUGGCGCUAUCUCAAAUACUCCGACACUCAUACUGGGGCAUUACUCCUUCACAGGCCCCGGCUGUUGCAAGAUCGGAUGCUUACUGAUAAACAGCAGUCAUACCGGCUGGAGCAGAGACUGUCAACGAUCCCCUCGUACAGCGUGCUGGAGACGGCGCUCCAGAAUUGGCGUCACUGUGCGCUGCUGUACGCAGAUUCGGGUCGAAGCGAGCUGAGAAUCCUGGUGGAAACGUUGGGUGUCGAUGAUGGAGAUGAUGGCGAAAAAAUCAUCGAUUGUCGCUACGUCGCAGUUGUUGAGGAGUUGGAUGCCGAGAUGGACCUUGACGAAUGUGGUUACCAUACGAUUCGUCUGGGGCAUCCAGAAGCGCCUGAGGGAGGCACUGAUCUGAGGGGUGUGAUCCAGAUGCAUAGCGAUGACGAGUCUGAGGGGGAUCUCGGGAAUGCUGAUGAAAAACCAGGCAGCGAAGAUGAAAAAAGUGAUGACGGAAUCUCAGACUUUCAAAAGCAGCCUGGUUAUGGCGUGGAAUUUGAUGAAUUUGGACCAAUCCUGAGCGGGAUGAAUAGGUAUUGA